AUGCAGCUUGGAGUCGACACCGUUCCAGUCCUUGUUGGACCUGUCAGCUACUUAUUGCUAUCUAAACCUGCAAAGGGUGUUGAUAAAUCUUUUUCUCUACUCUCCCUUCUUGACAAAAUCCUUCCAAUCUAUAAGGAAGUUGUCUGUGAGUUAAAGGCAGCUGGUGCUUCGUGGAUUCAGUUUGAUGAGCCCACUCUUGUCAAGGAUCUUGAGUAUAAUGAGUUGCAAGUAUUCACUAAGGCCUACUCUGAGCUAGAAUCAACACUGUCUGGUGUGAAUGUCCUCGUUGCGACCUACUUUGCUGAUGUUCCUGCUGAGGAAUUUAAAACUCUCACUGCCCUGAAGGGUCUUACUGCCUUUGGCUUUGAUUUGGUUCGUGGAACUAAGACUCUUGAUUUGAUCAAGGGUGGAUUCCCUUCUGGCAAAUACCUCUUCGCUGGUGUGGUUGAUGGAAAGAACAUCUGGGCCAAUGAUGUUGCUUCAUCUCUCAGCAUCUUGCAGUCCCUUGAGGGCGUCGUUGGAAAAGACAAGCUCUUCGUCUCAACCUCCUGCUCGCUUCUCCACACUGCUGUUGAUCUAAUUAAUGAGCCUAAGCUGGACAAAGAAAUUAAGUCAUGGCUCGCAUUUGCUGCUCAAAAGGUUGUUGAAGUGAAUGCCUUGGCAAAGGCAUUGUCUGGUCAUAAGGAUGAGGGUUUCUUCUCUGCUAAUGCUGCAGCUCAGGCUUCAAGGAAGUCCUCUCCUAGGGUGCCCAAUGAAGCUGUUCAGAAGGCUGCUGCCGCUUUUAAGGGAUCGGACCACCGCCGCGCUACAAAUGUUAGCGCCAUACUAGAUGCUCAGCAGAAGAAGCUUAACCUUCCAAUCCUCCCUACCACCACCAUUGGAUCUUUUCCCCAAACAAUGGAACUCAGAAAAGUUCGCCGUGAAAACAAGGCUAAGAAGAUUUCCGUGGAGGAAUAUGUUAAGGCCAUCAAGGAGGAAAUUAACAAAGUUGUCAAGCUCCAGGAAGAGCUCGAUAUUGAUGUCCUGGUUCAUGGAGAGCCAGAGAGGAAUGACGUGGUUGAGUACUUCGGAGAACAGCUGUCUGGUUUUGCCUUCACUGCUAAUGGAUGGGUGCCAUCUUAUGGAUCUCGCUGUGUGAAGCCACCCAUCAUCUAUGGUGAUGUGAGUCGCCCCAAGCCAAUGACUAUCUGUUGGAAAAAUUGGAUGCAAAUUGAUGGUGUAAGCUCGCGCAGACGAGCAGAGAGAGUGAAUGGCGCCCGAUGA